CUCAUAUAUGAACAUUUCCCUUCUGUUGUUACUAAAUAUUGCCUAGUAUGUUGCGAUACCUCCUUUGCAUCCAAGAGGCAGUGACAGACCUGGAUAACCUGCAGAGCACAGAUGUAAAUUGUCUUUAGUUAUCCAGUGCUACCAUACAACCAAGUAUGCUUGGUUACUUGUCGUUUUAAGAACUCAUUUCUGAUAUAUGUAGGUCACUGUGAAACUCGAGUGUUUGCAAGAUGGACACAAUCAAAAUAGAACCUGCUUCGGAUGAAGAGACAGACACAAUAUCUUCUGUGCAUGACUUCCUACAAAUUAAUUUAAAAAGUGAAUAUUCUGUAGCAGUAGAAGCAGAAACAAAUGAAAUACAGGAUGUGUCAUGGGAUGUUUCCAAAGUCAAGAAUGAGCUGAAGGAAGAGAUGAGAACAGGGGAAUUAGAAGUGUAUCUUGACAGUUCGGAGAAGAUCACCACUAAAUUGGAAGAUUCUGUUGUACAUGCUGAUAGUGUAGCUACACAUUAUGGCAAGAGUGUUAACAAUGAAGAAGAAUAUGUGGUAGGAAUAGAUCCCCCUAGAGAGAGCGUUUUCCUAUCUGAAAAGCAAGGUGAAAUUCUAAGACACAUAUCUGUUACAAAACCAGAAGUUCAGACUUAUCAGUAUGGGAAGAGAAAUCGCAUAAACCCAGAUAAUGAAGAAGAAAUUCCUCACAAAUGUGAGUUAUGUGACAAGCGCUUUGUUCAUAUUGAAAACCUUGUUAGACAUAAGAUGCUUCACACAGGUGACACUCCAUUCAAGUGUGAAAUAUGUAGUAAAAUGUUUACACGCCAAGCUCAUCUCGUUAUUCAUACUCGCACCCAUACUGGGGAUAAGCCUUUCAAAUGUGAAAUAUGCAAUAAAAGUUUUACUCAACCUGGACAUCUUAAAGUUCACAAUCGUACUCAUACUGGAGAUAAGCCAUACAAAUGUGAGGUGUGCAAUAAACGUUUUACAAAUAGUGGAGGGCUUACCGCCCACACUCGUACACACACUGGAGACAAACCUUUCAAAUGUGAAAUUUGCGGUAAGUGUUUUUCUCAACCAGGACAUCUUGCAGUUCAUACACGUAUCCACACUGGGGAUAAAUCUUAUAAAUGUAAAAUAUGUGACAAAGGAUUUACUCAAAACGGAGAUCUUGUUGCACAUGUCCGUACUCAUACUGGGCAAAGACCAUAUACAUGUGAGGUAUGUCGAAGAGGUUUCACUCAACGUGCGCAUCUUAGAACACACACUCGGACUCACACCGGAGAUAAACCGUACAAAUGUGAAAUAUGCAAUAAAGAUUUUACUUUACGAGGAGAUCUUGUUGUUCACACUCGCAGACAUAAAGGAGAGAAACCUUACAAAUGUGAAGUGUGCGGUAAAACAUUCACACAAGGUGACGAACUUGUGGUUCAUAAUCGUAUACAUACUGGAGAGAAACCGUUUAGAUGUGCUGUGUGUAAUAAAGGGUUUACACAACGUGGAAUACUUGUUGGUCACACUCGCACUCAUACUGGAAUUAAACCUUAUAAAUGUGAAGUAUGCAAUAAAAGUUUUACUUUACGUGGACAUCUUGUAGGUCACACACGAAUCCAUACUGGUGAUAAACCGUAUAAAUGUGAAUUUUGUGGUAAAUGUUUCAGACAGUGUGGACAACUUGUGGUUCAUACACGCACCCACACUGGCGAGAAACCUUUCAAAUGUGAAGUAUGUGGUAGAAGAUUUACUCAACGAAAGGCUCUCGUGGUUCAUAGUCGAACCCAUCCUGGUGAUUAUUUCAUCUUGAUGUCAGUAUUUCCAAAGCUAAAUAUUCUCCAUGAAAGCUGUGAUGGCGUUGUAGUGUGCAAUGAUGUUUGCAUUUUUUCUGUGCAGCAUCAAAUUGAGCACAGCAUGGAAUUAAUCAAAGUCGAACCUGAUUUUGAUACAGAAAGUUUGAAUGGAUCUUCCUUCCAUGAAGAUCAGGAUGAGGAUCCUCUACUGAUAAAUUCAGAUGUAGUGAAGAAAGAAGUCAAAGAAGAAGAGUCGUGUGAUGCUGCUACAAUCAAGGAAGAGUUAACAGAAGAGGAAAGAAUAGAAGAAUGUUAUGUGUGUUUUGACAGCGUGGAGCAUUCAGCCAAUUACCGAUGGCAUUCUGUUAUUACUGCAGACACGCCAUCAGCCUAUGGUAACACACGUGCUGCCAGUCUUCAGCCACGAGGUAUCUGCAGAGAGAGUGAAACUAAGUACUGUGAUACAGGAUCACAUGUUAAGGAAAGUAUUCUGAAAGGAAAACUGAAACAUAAUUCAAAAAGGAAGGAAGGAAUUUUUUAUAAAUGUAAAAUAUGUAACAAGUCAAUCUCUAGAAAAGAAAAUCUAGUGGCACACAAUCGCAUCCACACAGGAGAAAAACCGUUUAGAUGUGAACUGUGCAAUAAAAGUUUCAUACGACGAGAUGGGCUCGUGCGUCAUACUCGAAUUCACACCGGAGAUAAACCUUUCGGUUGUAAAGUGUGCAAUAAAAGUUUCAUACAGCGUGGAGAUCUCGUAGUUCAUACCCGAACCCACACUGGUGAAAAACCUUUCAAAUGUAAAGUUUGCAGUAAAAGAUUUAAACAAAGUGCAGUGCUUGCUUCUCACUCUCGUAUUCAUACAGGAGAUAAGUGUUUCAAGUGCGAUGUUUGCAAUAAGGAGUUCACACAACACGGAGGUCUUGUGCGCCACACUCGCAGCCAUUCUGGGGACAAGCCGUUUAGUUGUGAAGUGUGCAAUAAGAGGUUCACAAUGCGUGGAGAUCUUGUGCGCCAUACCAGGAUCCAUGCUAGAGAUAAAAUGUACACCUAUGAAAUGUGUGAUGUAAGUUUCACACAGUGUGAUAACCUUGAGCUCGAGAAUUCUAAUCACAUUGGAGAUAAUUCUUUCAGCUCUUGAAUUCACAAUAAAUAUUUGUGUGCUAUGAUCUUGCUGUCAUACUUGUACCCGCAUUGCACCUUUUGUCCGUGAAGUGUGCACUGAAGGUGAUAUUGUGUAAGUAUCUUGUGCCCCAAAUAUAAACACACACAAUUUUUUACCGUCGUAUGAAUCUGAUAGAAUUUUUUACAAACUAAAAUUGCCCAAUGUGUUUUACAGAAAUUUUCCUUUGUCACAUAUGUGGAAACUAUUAAAAGUAUUACAAUUGAUACGCAAUAUACAUACACCGGAACAUAAUCAGAAUAUGAUAACAUUAAUAUUUCUACCCCAUAUGAAAUUUUGUAAGUCUUGAAAGGCAGUGAUGAUGGUUAUAUGACUUUUAAAUCCUAUAUUGCAGUCGUGUCUGGCAAAGUUUUAUCUUGUUUUUUAUAUUUAUAUUUGGUCUGUAAAUAUAACAUAGUAAAGUUAUUUGUAAUGCCCAGGUUUUGCCUCCUUAUUAUGUUCAGUAACACUACAAUUAGACACUUAGUGUCAGGGAGUUGUAAUUUGUAAAAAGUUUAUUAUAUGGUGGUUUACGUUGAAGUUAACGUGUGACAUAUGCUCUUCUUCAUACCAGAGACAGAUUUUUCUGUGUUGACUGAUGCCGUAUAGUUUCACAAUGGUUUGAGAGGUGAACAAAUAUUCCUGGAUAAAGAAUAUGUCAAACAUCUUUUUUUCAUGCAAUCUGGAGAAAAGCCGUUUGAAUUGUGAAAUAUGCAAUAUGAUUUUCGAAUAAUGUGGGUAUCGUGUUCAAUGAAUCUCUUUUAGUAGAUGUGACCUGUGCCUUGAAUAACAGCAAAAUACGUGUCUGCACUUACCCGGAGUUGGUACCAAAUCCUGCGAACCCACAGAGGACAUACAUGAUUUAAAUUAAAGUAUAUAGUUUCAGUUUCCUUGAUUUGAUUCAGUGAUUCUUCACAAUAAUAAAUGUAAUGUGCAUAAUACAACUUCAUGAAAUAAAGAUAUUUGAUGUGUCAAAUGUU